AAACUGUCGAUUUUUUGUCUAAAAUGAAGGUUUACAUUUAAUAGACUCGUGACGAAAAUGCUGAUGUCAAUCUGAAACUGGACAAAACAUGUCAACAUGGCGGCUUCCUCGAGUGAAAACGGUUCAAAUGGAAAACUUGAAUUCUUUCUAAAAGUCCCUUUCCCUUCAGAAAGAGAGGCAGCUAUUGCCCUGCAGUCUUUAUCCCCUGAUCCUGAGCCAAGAAAAGGAGGAAUCACCAAAGAUUUGGAUGUUGCGGGUCAAACCUUGUCUGUGAGAUGGACUGCAGAUGAAGCUCGUAUUCUUCGUGUCUCUGUAAGUUCAUUCUUGGACCACUUGUCUUUAGUGAUGGAGACUAUGGAUGCAUUCGGACCACCUGUUUCACAGUGAGACUUGUAAGACUGAUGUCAAAUGUGUGGAUGCAGAAACAGCAUCAACUGCUACAAGCUGCUGUUUGGAUCAAAGAAAUAUCGGCUGCCAUUUUGUAUGUGGUCUGGAUGAACUGCAUGGACUCAAUUUAAUGGAAAAAGUACAAUUUAAUGUGCUUUGGUUCUGUUGGAGGAAAGCAGUGCAUCUUUUUGAUGUCUUAAGAAAACCUUGAAUUGGAUCAAAGAUAUAAAGCAAGAAUUUUUUUCAAAUAAACAGAUGCCAAGACAGACUGCUGUCAUUUGAAUAAAGAUUUAUUAAUUGAGCAUUGAUCAGAAAACAAUAUCAAGAGAUGAUUUAACAAUGUACCAGUAAUUUGUAUAAAAGAGGAACAGAUGUUUAUUUGUUUUUAUUGGCAGACAUCACCAAUAAUAAUGUUUUCAUUUUGAUCUACAAUACUGGUUUACAGAAAUAAAGAUAUGUUAAAAAAAACCACAGUUUAAGAUUGUUGGGGCUCACUUUGUGAUUUCAGGUUUCCUUCACAUUUGAUCUGACAAUUUGUGCGUUCAGAUUUUAUUUGACUUAGCACGUCAAACCCAUCAUUUUGUCAAACUGAGCCCCUUAGAAAUGUGUCUACUAUCUAGAGGUAAAAAUUAAAGUAAAAUAUACUCAAGCAUGAGGUCAAGAAAUGUUUUCACGAGACACAAGAAUUAAAUGUUAAUUUGUUACAUUCAUUCAUUCAAACUGGGGAAUCACUCAUUCAACAGAAAAGCAACAUUUGUUGCAUUGCUAGUUUAACUAAACUGAUUGCACUUUAGCUCCUUAAAACUUUCAUGUUA